AUGUUGAAAUCAAUUCUGUCCUUUGGUCGCACACCGGAGUAUCUGUUUCCCAAAGUGGAUCCCGCGCAGGAUGGCCCCGACUGCUUGAAAGACUGCGCAGAUUGCACUAUCGAGUACCCUUCAAAAGUGAAGAUCGAAACUUUGAGACCUCUUUACGGCCAGAUCAAAGAAGUUCAGGCCCAUGUCCUCGUGGCGACAGGCCGAUCUGACUGGAAGGAGAAGGUCGGGCAAGAACAUGGAUCCCUCAUGGAGGCAUUUGACCAGUCAUCGGCAAAAUCUAAACUAGGCCGCAUUAUGGUCUCCGCUUCCAAUCUGACAACCCCAGAUCACUCGGGAGAGCAAGACCCAACAAACCCCACUACAGUGCUCAUCCUGCCAUCAUUCACCUUUGUGGACUCUGUAUCCCAAGCAGACGUACCCGAUUUAGUUCAUCGAUUUAUCGAUAAUCCCACCGAUGAAAAGAAUGGAUCCAGUGCCGUUUCGGCAUCCGGAAUGACCGCCCGCCCAUGUGAACUAGACUACGUGAUCUUACUAUGUUCGCACCGCCGACGAGAUGCGCGCUGUGGAAUCACAGCUCCUCUUAUCAAGCGUGAACUUGAGCGUCACCUUCGUCCUCUUGGGCUGGACCGCGAUGCUGAUGACUCGCGACCGGGUGGUGCAGGGAUCUUCUUCGUCUCCCAUGUUGGGGGCCACAAGUUUUCAGCCAAUGUGCUUGUUUACCGUAAGAAAGAUCAGCAGAUGAUUUGGCUGGCGCGGGUACGGCCUGAGCAUUGCGAAGGUCUGGUGAAGUACACUUUGCUUCAAGGCAAGGUAGUUCAUCCUGAGUCUCAGCUGCGGGGUGGAUUUGACCGUGUGCGGGGAUUGACGAGUUGGUGA